AUGGCUGAGGGUGAUAAAAAGAAGGUUGCCCGCAAGCGGCACUGCAGCCGAAAUCCUGUCCUGGCUCGGGGUAUUGGACGCUACUCCCGCUCGGUCAUGUUUGCCCGACGCGCCAUGUACAAGAGGAAGACUAAAGCACCUGAAAGCAAGAUUGAGAAGAAACUGAAGGAAAAGCCCGCAACCACCGUGGUGAAAACUGUUGGUGGAGACAAGAAUGGAGGUACCAGAGUCAUCAGACUGCGCAAGAUGCCUCGUUACUAUCCUACGGAGGAUGUUCCCAGGAAGCUGCGUAGUCAUGGCAUCAAGCCCUUCAGCCAGCACAGGAGGAAGCUGCGCUCUUCCAUCACGCCAGGAACUGUACUCAUCAUGCUCACUGGGCGCCACCGUGGCAAGCGUGUGGUCUUUCUCAAGCAGCUGUCUAGUGGCCUCCUUCUUGUUACAGGUCCUUUAGCUGUGAAUAGAGUUCCUCUGCGUCGAGCCCAUCAAAAGUUCUGCAUUGCCACUUCCACCAAGGUGGACAUCUCGAGUGUGAAGCUUCCCAAGAACCUAAAUGAUGCUUACUUCAAAAAGAAGAGGCUCAGGAAGCCCAAACACCAAGAAGGGGAGAUUUUUGACACGGAGAAAGAGAAAUACCAGCUGACUGAGCAGCGGAAGGAAGACCAGAAAGCUGUUGACUCUCAGCUGUUGCCUCUUAUUAAGAAGGUUCCUCAACUGAAAGGGUACCUGCGCUCCCAGUUUUUCCUCUCCAAUGGGGUUUAUCCACACAAACUGGUUUUCUAAAGAAAUAAAACUUGAUUGUUUCAUCCAA